AUGGCGGCUCGAAGAAAUCCGCAAGGAAAGCCAAGGAAUAGAGGCAUCAAACAUCAGUGGACUAAGGAGGAAGACGAUAAGCUUAUCGAGUGCUUAUUGGGUCUCACAAAUUCAGGUCACUGGAGGGCCGAUAACGGCAACUUUCGAUGUGGGUUCUUGCAACAGUUGGAGAAAUUGAUGAGCGAGAAAUUGCCGGGUUGCGGGCUUACAGCGCGACCCCACAUUACCUCGCGAAUAAAACUUUGGAAAAGGCAGUAUAACGCUAUAGCAGAAAUGCUUGGAGCAGCCGUGAAUGGCUUUGGUUGGGACGGCAAGGAUAAGACGAUUACAUGCGAGAGGAGCGUUUAUGACGAUUGGGUCGUGAGUCAUCCUAGUGCUGCGGGAUUAAGAGGGAAAUCCUUCCCCUACGUGGAGUUAUCUGUAGUUUUCGGCAAGGACCAUGCAACUGAAGCUGCAGUAGAACCCUUGGCAAAUGCUGUGGUAGCCACAGCGCAAGAAGAAUUGGCUGCGCGUGCUUCCGGUCUGCAGGUUGAGAUGGAGGAUGUCCUUGGCGCGGAUGAAAGUGAUGGCGCGAGUGCAGAGCAGAGUUCUGCAUGCUCGGGGACGAAGCCUAACACGGCAGCCUGCUCAAACCCGCGAUCUCAAGGUAGAGGGUCUGGUACACGUAGAGGAACGAAGCGGAAAUCUGUUGAUGUCGACAGGACCAUGAUCUCAACUUUGCGCUCAAUUGUAGGGAGUUUUGCAAAGUUUACCGAAAGCAUCUCCAAGUUAGCUAGCUGUUUCCAAUACAUGGCAGAUGAAGCGAGUAGAGGGCAGAGGCUGUUCGAUGAGCUUUCGAAGAUUGAUGGACUUUCGCGUGAGGAUCUCAUGGAUGCUGUUGUAAUCCUAUCGAGCGACACAAGCAAAAUGAAUGUGUUCUACUUAGUGCCCGUGGAGCUUAGGAAGUUAUAUGUUAGUCGAAUCCUGCGUGCGCGUAGGUGAAAGUAUUUGCUAGAAUAAUGAUUAACGGUACUGUUUAAGCUCUUUGAUCUUUUCGGCUACUUGUUCUUCAGGUUAUAGGUGGAUGUAGGUAAAUAUUUUUACUUGGACUUGCUAAUUUUGGAUAUCAUUGUGCUUAGUUUCAACUUGCUACCACUGCAUGAUAUUGUUUUGGCUUAUUGUUUCUUGAUGGCGUUACCG